AUGGCCGACACACCGCAAACCAAUUCCCAAUCCGCACCAUCCACCUCACCACCACCACCCAGCCCCCACCCCCCAUUCCCCGCCCUCCGCUCCAUCGCCAAGUUCAAAGCCCGCUCCCACGCCACCUCCAAAGACAUACACAUCCCCCUCCUCCACCAAAUCCAAUCCCAACCCCCCGCCAAUGACAACAACAACCCCUACCCCUCCCCCACGCCCACACCAAAAAAAAGCCCCACCGACACGUCGCGGUUGCCGGUGAGGGUGUGGGUGGUGCAGGUGGGGACGAAUAAUUUGACGGUGAAGACGGGGUUGGGGGAGAGGGAUGUUGAUGCGUGGGAGGUGUUGGUGGAGACGUUGUUGGGGGUGAAUCCGACGGGCGGGGAGUGUAAGGUGUUGGUGACGGGGUUGUUUUAUCGGAAGGAUGUUUCGGGGGAGUUGGUGGAUCAGGCGAAUGGGAAGAUUAGGGCGGUGGUGAAGCGGUUGCAGGAGAAGUACGGCGCGGACAGGGUGGUGUGCCUUGCACCUGCUGCGGGGGUUAAGACGGAGGAGCAUCUGGUGGAUCAUGUGCACUUGAACUUGGAGGGCUAUCAGCUGUGGAUGGCGGAGCUGUUUCCCGCCGUCAAUGCUCUCUUGGGCUAG